CCCUGGCUGCAGUAGCAGUCAAUCAACAGCUGUUGUCGAAAAUUGUGAAUCAUAUGUUCGAGGAACAGUGAAAUUGAAACGUAGAAACUAAAAAAAACUGAAACGGUUCAAGUUUUUCUUGCGCCGGCUGUUUGGAUAAUCGUUUAUUUAAUUAAUAAGCUAUAAUGAUGCAGCAAAGUGAGGAUGUGAAAGAUGAGGACUUGCCAGCGAACACCUUGGAGCUGUUUUCCGAAUUGGACCAGGUGCUCGAAAUGAUUGACACACUGAAGCCUAUUGAAGCCAGCUCCUUUGAGCGUGAGUUCGAGCAAUAUACGGAGGUGUUGUCCCGCUACCAAGAGCAGCCCCACUUGUUGGAUCCCCAUCUGGAGCUGCUACUGUCACGUCUGCUCACCAAAAUCCGCCAGCCAGAGCUGCCCGCUGGCGAACGAGACGCCGCCUUUAAGUAUCUGUAUAUCAUCAGCAAGGUGCGCACCUACAAGGUGCUCGUCAAGUUUAUGCCGCACGAGCUAAGUGAUCUGGAGUUUGUGCUGCAGCUGCUGGGCCAGCAAGACCCAAAGGAGUUCAAUAACUGGGAGACACGCUACGUGCUGCUCCUCUGGAUGUCCAUAGUUGUACUUAAUCCUUUUCAUAUGUCCCGCUUGGAUGCCUAUGAGACAGCACCCAACGUGCCCGUGCCCGUAAACAACUGUGUGAUCAACCACGUCAACACCCAGUCGGCUCCGUCCAAAAUGGACCGCAUCUUUGAGCUGUGCAAGCUGUACGCAUCCACAAAUGACACUUGUAGCAGCAUGGCUGCCUAUCUAUCAGCCAAGUAUUUUGUGCGCACCGACAUCAAGGAUUUGUAUUUGGAGCGGUUUCUGGAUUGGAUCAUUGAGCAGCAUCAGGCGGAUACACUGCAGGUCAAGUUCGGCCAACUAGCUGCCAUUGCGGCCAUUCUCAAGCACGGCAAGCGUGAGGAUCUACUCCCAUAUGCAGACAAGCUGCUUCAGUGGAUCGUUGCCUGCCAGUAUAAGGAUGGCAAUGAUUUUCUCAAAUACAAGUACUUUGUUAAGAUUGUGCAACGUCUAGGACUCGUGCAUCUGAAGCCUCGCAUUGCCAGUUGGCGCUACAAACGAGGCACACGCUCACUGGUCACAAAUUUGGGUCAUCAAGCGAGCGCUGGUGAAAAUGCCACAUCAGCAGAUUCUCAUGAUGACGACGGAGCUGGAGAUGAGAUUUUUGUACCCGAUUCGAUUGAGGAAGUGAUUGAGGAGCUACUGCAAGCGCUGCGCAGCGGCGGCAAUGAUGUACGCUGGAGUGCGGCCAAAGGAUUGGGCCGUGUGACCAAUCGAUUGCCCAAGGAGCUGGCUGAUGAAGUAAUUGGCUCGGUCGUUGACAUACUCAAUCCUCUGGAGCCUCACGAGGCCUGGCACGGUGGUUGUCUGGCCCUCGCCGAGCUGGCUAAGCGAGGUCUCCUAUUACCCUAUCGACUGCGGGAACUGGUGCCUCUUUUGAUGCAGGCGCUCUUCUAUGAUGAGAUGAAGGGCUACAUGUCCGUGGGCCAGCACAUACGUGACGCCGCCUGCUACAUGUGCUGGGCCUUUGCCCGCGCCUACAAUCCCGACGAUCUCAAGCCGUUUGUGCAGCAGAUCUCCUCUGGACUGCUUACUGUCGCCGUAUUCGAUCGCGAAAUCAACUGCAGACGUGCUGCGUCCGCUGCAUUCCAAGAGAGCGUUGGUCGUCUUGGUAAUUUCCCCUUUGGUAUUGAAAUAUCUACCACCACAGACUUUUACUCAGUCGGAAUACGUCAAAACACCUAUCUGAAUAUCAGUGACUUUAUUGCCCAGUAUGAAGAAUAUCGUCAGACCUUGAUCGAUCAUCUGGUGCAACGCAAAGUUGGCCACUGGGACUCGGCCAUUCGGGAACUGACCGCCAAGGCGCUGCACAAGUUCACCUACCGUGCUCCGGAAUACAUGGCUGCUGUGGUAAUGCCACAGCUCUUGGCCAAAACCGAAACGAUUGAUGUGAAUGCCCGCCAUGGCUGUGUAUUGGCCAUGGGUGAGAUUACUCUGGCACUGCGCCAGCUGGAAUUGUCCCCAGGAUCCAAAACAGCUUAUCUAUCCAAUCAACGUAUUGCUGAGCUAAAUGAUCUGAUUUAUACAUUCCUGCAGCGUAGUUUCUAUCGCGGCAUGAGCGGUGAAUUAAUGAAAUCCUGCACCGCCAAUUUCAUACGCAACUGCAGCCUGGCCAAGCUUUCAGUAACUCCCCAGUGUUUGGACAGCUGGCAGCAAGUCAUCGACAUGUGCCUGGUCACUAAAAACAUCAGCAUCCGGGAUAGCGCUGUGGAGGCUUUUGCUGAGCUCUGCACGGCCUACUAUUGCCUGGAGACGCGACACACGGAAAACGAGAUGAUCAUAAGUGCCUAUCUUAAGGGAGCUGACAACGAUUUGGAGGAGAACAUCCGCAUGGGAUACUUGUCAGCUUUGGGAGUGCUGCCAGCAUUCAUGCUACGUCCGCACUUGAGCGCUGUGUUGGAUAAUCUGGUGAAGCAUGCGUUGACACCACACUCGGCUCACGAUGAUCAUGAAAACGUGCAGACCUACAGAUGGAGCGAGGCACGCACACAGAGUGUACGUGCUCUAAGCAAGGUGGUGCAAACCGUUGGCUACAAUGCCACUAUAGAUUCGUUUGCCGAUCGUCGACACUUUAAUAAAGUCAUGGAAUGCCUGCUCCAGGCCCUGGAUGAGUAUACGCUGGACAAUCGUGGAGAUAUUGGCGCUUGGGUGCGCGAGGCAUCCAUGACAGCGCUCUUUGAGAUAAUUACUCAGUGUCCCAAGGAUAUGCUAAUGCCACAGCAUGUGCAACAGACUGUGGUCGGUUUUAUGCAGCAGGCGGUAGAGAAAAUUGAUCGUACCCGCGGUCUGGCGGGACGUCUGUGCUGCAAGAUGAUUCAUGUCCAACCAGCCUUACCGCACAUAAGGGCACAUUCCCAACUCGUCGAGAUAUUCCCUAGCGAUGACAAGUCGGUUCUUUGGCUAUUUGCAGACCAUACAUUCCCAUUAUUUUGCAAGCUGCUCGCUCUACCUGACUAUUCCAAACGCGUUCUUCUGGGCCUAAGUGCCAGCAUUGGACAGCUAACCGAAUCUCUGAUCAAAUAUGCUUCAACUGCAUUAUUCCAAUUUUUACGCUCAAAUUCCGAAAUGGUUCCACGUCUGUGCGCUGAGAUUGUGCAGAACUUUGAGUCGAAUUUGCUUAAUGAGCGCGUCACGUACCCUAUGCUUAGUUUCCUGGAAAUAAUCAUAGGAUCGGGCACAAUCGAAGCGGUUUUGCAUGACGAGACCAAUCCAUUUGCCGAGGAUAUUUAUCGUCUGCUUAAUCUGGAGGUCAAGGGAUACAAGAAGCUGUAUAAAACAGCAACCAGCAUCAGCACAUUCUGUCAACUUGUCCAGGUGCCGCGUCUCAGCAAGCGGGUGCUUUCCAAAUUGUCAGUAUUCCUUGGACUACAGCAUGUCCAUGUGCGCAAGACAGCGGCCACUAAAUUGUAUGAGGCAUUAGCCCUUCACGGAGAUGUUACAGAAAUUCCCGAAGAUAAUAUGGAUGAUAUCCUUUCGUUGCUGUCCGAGACAGACUGGACUAUGCCAUUGGUUGAAGUGCGUCCUCUUCGCAAUCAACUAUGUAAUUUGAUGGGUAUUAAACCGCCGGUAAGCGGCACAGCUGCUGCCGCAAAUAACCAGGCUGCUGUAGCAGAUAAAUAAGAUAAUACAUACAUA